AAAUCUUUGGCCAUGAAAGGCUCUUGACUCACUUUCCUUCCAAUAUUUCUCGUUCCUGCAUACACUUUCCAGGACUCUCGCAACACCCACUUUUAUUGUCUUGUCUGAGUACAAGACUUCAACCCAUAUAUUGACCUUCCUCUACUCUCUCGUCUGGCAUUCUAGUUCACUGAGGCUUAUGUUACCCCACCAUGGCACACAUCCCCUCAACUCGAGAGCCCAACAGCUCUCAAGUCAAUGAUUCCGAGAAGCAAUUCACAUCGAUCGUCCCUGGAGAAGACCGAUCGCCGCCGCUGGAGCCGACGAUCUCGAGCAUUAGCCACCAUGGUAUGGCCGAUGUUCCAUAUGUAGUAACCGGUGAUGAGGACGAAGUUUACAACCGGUACUCACCAAGCAGAAAGAAAGUUAUCACUGCUGUCUUAUCCUUCUGCAGCUUUCUUGCCCCUAUCUCAUCAACCACUGUUCUAUCAGCGGUGCCCGAGGUGGCGGCGACUUAUAACUGUGAUGGUUCCAUUAUCAAUGUCUCAAAUGCAUGUUACAUGGUGUUCAUGGGUCUUAGUCCAUGUUUCUAUGGGCCAUUUGGAACUAUUUACGGACGAAGAUGGGUCUCGGUAGGAAGUGCGGCACUGUUCCUCGCCUUCUCUAUUGGAACAGCCUUAGCGCCGAAUCUAGCAUCCUUCUUCGUCUUCCGAAUCUUAACAGCUUUCCAAGGCACAGCUUUUCUAGUCAUCGGAUCGAGCGUCAUCGGGGAUAUGUACAAACCAAUUGAACGUGGAACUGCGCUCGGCUGGUUCAUGUCUGGUACCUUGAUUGGCCCCGCUCUAGGUCCCUUUAUUGGAGGCAUCAUUGUCACCUUCCGAUCAUGGAGAGACAUAUUCUGGUUGCAGACUGCCUUGGCGGGAACUGCCACGAUGCUUGUCUUCUUUCUACAGCCAGAAACUAUUCACUACAAGCGUUCUAAGGAAUUGGAAGGACUCUCUGGUUCCACCAAAGCUAGAAAGAUGUGGCAGUGGCUCAACCCAUUCCGAGUCAUACGACUUUACCGCUACCCCAAUCUUCUCACAGUUGCACUAGCAUCAUCUUCCUUAGUGUGGAACAUGUACUCUCUCCUAACUCCCAUUCGCUACGUUCUCAAUCCACGAUUCAACUUGACCUCGCCACUUCAAUCUGGCCUCUUCUACAUCGCUCCCGGGUGUGGUUACCUCCUUGGCACUUUCUUCGGUGGCCGGUGGGCCGACCAUAUAGUCAAGAAGUACAUCCGGAUCAGAGGUCAACGGGUGGCUGAGGACCGACUCCGAAGCUGCCUCAUCUUUAUGGGCGUCAUCAUUCCGGCUUGCAUGAUUAUUUACGGCUGGAGUGUGGAGAAGAGAAAAGGUGGUGUUGCACUCCUAGUGGUGAUGAUGUUCCUUCAGGGUGUCGCGCAGCUGUUCUGCUUUCCCUGCCUAAACACCUAUUGCUUGGAUGUCAUGCAGAAAAGGAGUGCUGAGGUGGUUGCCGGGAACUACAUGGUCCGCUACAUGUUCGCCGCCGCAGGCAGCGCAGUCUGUCUCCCCGCUAUCCGCAAGAUUGGCGUGGGUUGGUUCUCGACUAUUUCCUCCAUUUUCAUUGUUGUCGCCACAAUUGUAACCUACAUUACUACGCUUUACGGAAAGCAGUGGCGCGAAACCGUCGACGCUAAGAACGCGGCAAGGAAAGAAGGCGGGAAUCAAGUAUAGAAAAGUCGUGUUCUGACGGGAAAGACGACCACUUCCAAGAGCGAUGGUUUCUAGAACACUCUCUUUACCUAAUGUUCGCGCCCAGGCGGAGACUAAAAAAGCGUAUGCCGUUACAGAAAAUAUACCAUGAAUGUUGAAUAUGAAUGUUGAAUAUGGUUUUCUUUUCAAGAAGCGAAGAGCAAAUUCCAUGCUUCAAACAGCGUGGUAGUGAGGGGAAAUGCAUAUACCUAGAUAGAAGAUGAUAGAGAAUUCGAUACGUUUGGG